UGCUCCAGCGCAGGAUCCGCGGAACCGAGCGCUUCAGCUCUUCGUGGAAGCUCUGGGAAAGAAGGAAGGCUAAUCCGGAAAGCUGCGGCUGCACGAGACUGAGCAGCACGAUGACCGAUUCCUCAGACAGCCAGAGAGCAGGUGAUGUGAUGGAGAAGUACGCGGAGAUGAGCUUUGGCCAGGUGAAGAACGGCGCGGAUGUGUCGCGUUUGUCCUGCCUCGCGCGCAGUUUCGGAGAGGUCGAGCCGCUGUCCGUUUUGUCUGCUCCGAACACCGGCGGCGAUUUUAACGUCAGCGCGUGCCAGGAGCGCGCGGAGGACUUCCUGAAAAUCGAACCGGGACCGUGGGAGGACAUCACGGACAAAGCGUUCCCAAUCAAGGAGAGCACGAACUUAGAAAGCACAGACGUGUGUAAGUUCAUUAAAGGCGAGCGGGAGCCCACGCUGAUCACGGCUCCUCCGCGCGACGCCUUCGAUAUCGACGCGCUGGAUGUGUCCAACUCUUCCCUCGCCCCGGCUCGGCCGCCACUCAUGGACUCCAGUGCAGGAGUCAUGGUGGAUAUUCCCCAGUCCGGUGCGCUAAUGUCUCUGUCCCAGAUGAAGCCCGAGGCGGCCGCUGCGCUCGGCUUUGACCCGGCGGGAGUGUGUAAGAGUGAGAUGGGAGGAUGGGACCCGCACCUCCUGUUUUCCGCCGCGCUGGCUGAAGAGCGACCCGGGCAGAUGGGCUUCUCCCCUCCGGAGGGCAUCCAAAGCUUCAUCCAGCGCUCUCCCGCAGUGUUCAGCGCGUUCCCGGGUGUACAUACACAGAGAACGUGUGUGAUAUGCGGAGACGAGGCGUCCGGCUGCCACUACGGAGUCCUGACGUGUGGAAGCUGCAAAGUGUUCUUCAAGAGAGCUGUAGAAGGACAUCAUAGCUAUCUGUGUGCCGGGCGAAACGACUGCAUCGUGGAUAAGAUCAGGAGGAAAAACUGCCCUGCGUGUCGUCUCAGAAAAUGCUACCAGGCCGGGAUGAUGCUCGGAGGUCGUAAGUUGAAGAGAUUUGGUGUUCUGAAGGCCAUGGGUGUAAGCCCGUCCCUGAUGUUCCAGGGCCACGCUUUGGCCUCCAUGCCAUGCAUUCCUGGGAUCCAAGAGCUGCAGUUUUCACCUCAGUUUCUAAACAUCCUUGAGAACAUUGAACCCGAGAUGGUCUACUCUGGCUUUGAUAACUCCCAACCUGAAAUCCCAAAUCUGCUCCUGAACAGCCUGAACAGACUGUGUGAGAGACAGCUGCUUCGGAUCGUCCGCUGGUCCAAGGCUUUACCAGGUUUCCGUAAUUUACACAUCAACGAUCAGAUGACCCUGAUCCAGUACUCCUGGAUGAACCUGCUGGUGUUCUCUCUGGGCUGGAGAACCUUCCAGAACGUCUCCCCUGAGUUCAUGUACUUCGCUCCUGACCUCAUCCUCAGCCAUGACCGGCUGAGGAUGACUCCGAUAUUCGACCUGUGCUUGGCCAUGCAGGUGAUCCCUCAGGAGUUUGUAAGGCUGCAGGUGACCAGAGAGGAGUUCCUGUGCAUGAAGGCCCUGUUGCUGCUCAACACCGUUCCUUUGGAGGGUUUGAAGAGUCAAAGCCAGUUCGAUGAGAUGAGACAGAACUACAUCCGAGAGCUGAGUAAAGCCGUCCAGAUGAAGGAGAAAGGUGUGGUGGGAAGCUCACAGCGCUUCUACCACCUCACCAAACUCAUGGACUCCAUGCAUGAGAUAGUGAAGAAGGUCAACCUGUACUGCCUCAGCACCUUCAUCCAGGCCGACGCCAUGAAGGUGGAGUUUCCGGAGAUGAUGUCAGAGGUCAUUGCGUCACAGCUCCCGAAGGUUCUGGCAGGCAUGGUCAGGCCCCUCCUCUUUCAUGGGAAAUGAUGUCAUGACACAGA